AUGGUCUCCUACUGCCCGGUAGUUGGAGCAGGAAAGCCCAAAGUGACCAACAACGUGCAUCGCGUGGUUCGGCGUUGGCCCCAGACCCCCCUUUCGUUUCUUGGGAGACGGUAUCGUGGGGCGGGUACAAGUCAUGUUCGUAGACUGGCAGACACGGCCUCUGACGAAGAGGGCGCUCAAGCAGAAAUUGCGCAGCUCUCUGAACGCAUCAAAACGCUUUCUGAGGAAUUGAAUAAAGAACGCACUAGCUUUCGUACUUUCGUGAUGCUGUGGGGUUCGCUUCAGGGCUACAAGGCAGACGCCAGCCGGAAGCGGCGCAAAAAUCCCCUACGAGACGACAUCGUGGUGCAUCGCUACGCAGAGGCUGCCGCCUCCAAACUGACGCAGGCGAACCUCUGGGCUGGCUGCCUAGACAGGCUGGCAGACAAGAUCGCCGACCUACAGUCUGACCUCGAUCGCCGAACUUCGGGACGGGGAGCUGCCCACCAGAACCGUCACAGGCGCGGCGUCAAGGCGAAAACGCAUGCAAGGAGUUCAGGAGACGAGAGGCGACCAAGCAGGGGAGACACGGAUGCAGGUCCGAGCACGCCCUCCACGUCAUCUGCCGCAGGCACAGGUAUGUUGUCGCCGACUCCACUUGAUGUAGUGAAGGAGCAGCUCAUGACAGCAGUCAGAGUGAGCAGGCGGUUGACGAACAAUCUAUGGCACACGCGGCGCAAGUUGGCCCGGCUCCGACAGGGGACCGGGACAGAAGACAAAGUGACCCGAGCUACAGAAGCAUACAACGGGACUGUGGCACGGCACCACCGCCAACUAGAACUUGUAAUGACGCUCCGCAAAAAGCUACGAGACUUAAUGAAGGACGAACAGGGUGCACCAACCUCAACGAAGCCGUCCACAGACGCCGAUGAACGAGGAUGGUACGGCGCUCUCGUGCGCCUUCAGCGUUAUGACAUAACGCCCCGCCCCGAGGAUGGAAUCAUCCCCUGGCACACCCGCCCGUCAUUCCGGGACCUGAGCCAGCAUUACAGCCCUUUUCCGCCUGUAUCGCUGAAGGAUGUAGCCGACCCUCCAGAUCCUCGCGCCUCAGUCGCCCAGCAUCCGUCGUUGCCGUCGCCUGGCAGCGCAGUUGGCAACAGCCCCCUCGCAGACAACCCGGCAUCCGGAGACGCGCCUACUGCCUUUGGUCCUCCACCAACGCCCUAUUCAUCCGACCUUCCGUUGUGGUCAUAUGGCGCCCACCUAGCUGCCGAGGGUCCAGCAGGUUCUCCGGACCCCUGGGCAGCCUCAUCUGCUUCAUCGUCGCCUCACCUGCAGUCUACAGCAUCUCGGUCUCUCAUGAGUACCGUCACUCACGUAAAGCUGCGGCGCACGGCCGGCACUGACGCAAGAGCGACCCCGUCGCCCAGCGUGACCCUGGAGGACCCUACAAUGAAGGCGACCGCUCAACAUCCCUUGACAGCAAGGCAGGCCCAGGCGCAAGCUUCAGCCGCGUCAGGAUGCACUAGCGUCGAGGUCGUCGCGCACAAGGCAGGCAAAAAGUCCGCAAAAAAGAAGUCACUAGAAGCCGAGGUUCGUGAUCGGGGCGAGGUGGGAGCGAUCGAUGGCAGCAGACUGCUACACGAUGCACAACCCCUGGGUCACCUGGGCCCUGGCGCGGGGGCUUCACAGGCACCUCAAGCAUCUCUGUUCGGCCAGGCUGCCCGCUCGUACGCAGGGGUGCCGCACGGCGGUGGGGACUCUCCCACAGGUCACGCAUUUCAAUCGGACCUGCAGUUUUGGCUACAAGGCAGGAGAAUACCGUUCAAGCAACGCGAGUCUGUGGGAUCCGGGGCAAGGGCCGAUCGUGACGAAUCAGGCCAGGCCGGGUCCAGUGGUCCCUCCAGGUCACCGUCGACGCGAGGGAACAUGUCCCCUCACUAUCCGGAGGCGACGCGCAAGACCCAGCGGUAG